ACUUACAAUAUGUCUUACGACGGCGGUUACACUAAUAACUCUUACGGUGGCGGUAACUCUUACGGCGGUGGAAACUCCUACGGUGGAGGUGGAUACGGUGGUAGAGACCAAGGUGGAUACGGUGGUGGCUACGGUGGUGGCUACGGCGGUGGCAGAGGCGGUUACGGUGGUAGAGGUGGCAGAGGUGGUUACCAACAAGAAAGAAUUGAAUUGACCACUCCAGACUGGGAUGUUGAAUCCUUGCCAAAGUUUGAAAAGAACUUUUACUCUGAACACCCAGAUGUUCAAGCUCGUUCUGACGAUGAUAUCAAGGCUUUCAGAAAGGAACACACCAUGUCCCUUGAAGGUAACGAUAUCCCAAAGCCAAUCACCACUUUCGAUGAAGCUGGUUUCCCAGAUUACGUUCUUACUGAAGUUAAGAACGAAGGUUUCCCAAAGCCAACUGCCAUUCAAUGUCAAGGUUGGCCUAUGGCUCUUUCUGGUAGAGAUAUGGUUGGUAUUGCUGCCACUGGUUCCGGUAAGACUCUUUCUUACUGUCUUCCAGCUAUUGUCCAUAUCAAUGCUCAACCAUUGUUGAGUCCAGGUGAUGGUCCAGUUGUUUUGGUUCUUGCCCCAACCAGAGAAUUGGCUGUUCAAAUUCAACAAGAAUGUUCUAAGUUUGGUAAGUCUUCUAGAAUUAGAAACACUUGUGUUUACGGUGGUGCUCCAAAGGGUCAACAAAUCAGAGAUCUUGCCAGAGGUGUUGAAAUUGUCAUUGCCACUCCAGGUAGAUUGAUCGAUAUGUUGGAAUCUAACAAGACUAACCUUAGAAGAGUUACUUACCUUGUUCUUGAUGAAGCCGACAGAAUGUUGGAUAUGGGUUUUGAACCUCAAAUCAGAAAGAUUGUUGAUCAAAUUAGACCAGAUCGUCAAACUUUGAUGUGGUCCGCUACUUGGCCAAAGGAAGUGCAAGCUCUUACCAGAGACUACUUGCACGACCCAAUUCAAGUUACUGUUGGUUCUUUGGAAUUGGCUGCUUCUCACACCAUUACUCAAUUGGUUGAAGUUGUUACUGAAUUCGAAAAGCGUGACAGAUUGGUUAAGCAUUUGGAAACUGCCACUGCUGACCCAGAAGCUAAGUGUUUGAUUUUCGCUUCUACCAAGAGAACUUGUGACGAAAUUACUUCAUACUUGAGAGCUGAUGGAUGGCCUGCAUUGGCCAUUCAUGGUGACAAGCAACAAAACGAAAGAGACUGGGUCUUGAAGGAAUUCAAAACCGGAAAGUCUCCAAUCAUGGUGGCAACCGAUGUUGCUGCCCGUGGUAUUGAUGUUAAGGGUAUUUCUUAUGUUAUUAACUUGGACAUGCCAGGUAACAUUGAAGAUUACGUCCAUCGUAUCGGUAGAACUGGUAGAGCUGGUACCCUGGGUACUGCUGUUUCCUUCUUCACUGAAGCCAACUCCAAGCUUGGUGGUGACUUGUGUAAGAUCAUGAGAGAAGCUAAGCAAGUCAUUCCUCCUGAAUUGCAAAGAUUUGACAGAAGAAGUUUCGGUUCUCACAUUAGAUAUGGUAGAGGUCGUGGUGGUUACAGAGGUCGUGGUGGUCGCGGUGGAAGAGGUGGAAGAGGUGGUUACCAAUCUGGUUCCAACUCUGCUCCUAUGGCCAACCGUCGUUUCUAAUUUUGUUUUAUUAUUUCGUUAUUUAUUUAUAGAAGGU